GCAUGGCGCCCCCAGCAGGAGAAGACUGGAGCCUCCAGAGAACAUGUUGUCAGCUCUGAUCAAGGUCCGAGGAAGGAGCUGCUGCUGCGGGUAGCUGCAGGCUACAACUCCACCCCCUGCAUAAAGAAGAGAACCUUUCCACUUCUAGUGGUCACUCUCAUCAGGUGUGCUUAUCUGCUGCGGUGCACAACUAAACCUGAAGAAGUUUCUCAGAGAAGCUGCUGAACUUUUGUUGCUUCAGGGUGCGGUGAGCUGCAGCUGCAAAACAAGAAUGAUUCCCAAGAUCGCCUUGUGCUCCCAGACUCUCCGGAACCACCACGGAGUCUUCUCCAGGUCUGUGAGGGUUCUGCAGAGAUCCUGGACCCAGCAUCCAGGAGUUCCUGCAGCCAGUCGUGGCAUUCAUGUGGACUCUCCGCCCAUCAUCCCGACCCUCACGACCAGCUAUGCCCACGGCACGUCUUCCACAUCUUUGCUCCACAGUACAAUUGGAGAGUCCCUGCUGAAGACUGUGGAGCGCUGGCCUGACAGAGAGGCCGUCGUCUUUGUAGAAGACGGAGUCCGCAAGACCUUUGCACAGCUUCAGCAGGAUGUGGAUCAAACUGCAGCCGGGCUGCUGGCACUUGGGCUGCAGAAAGGGGACCGGCUGGGUAUGUGGGGACCCAACGCUUAUGAAUGGAUCCUUUUCCAGUUCGCCACAGCCAAAGCUGGCGUUAUAUUGGUGUCUGUGAACCCAGCGUACCAGCUGCAGGAGGUGGAGUUUGCAUUGCGAAAGGUCGGGUGUAAAGCUAUAGUGUGCCCUACGCAGUUUAAGACUCAGAAGUACGUAGAAAUGCUGAGAAAGAUAUGUCCGGAGAUCGAGACGUCCAACCCGGGGGACAUCAGGAGCGCCAGACUCCCAGACCUCCGCUCUGUGAUUGUUAUUGAUAAACGGCACCCAGGAAUGCUCCAUCUUGAGGACGUUAUGCAGGCAGGCAGCAGCCAGUACAUGCAGCAGCUGCAGGAUCUGCAGAAGAAGCUCUGCUUCGACGACCCCAUAAACAUCUUGUUCACUUCGGGAACAACUGGAGCUCCAAAGGGAGCUACAUUGACUCAUCACAACAUGGUCAACAACGCCUACUUCGUUGGCAAAAGAGUGGGAUUCACCUGGAGGCCUCACACCCGUGUCUGUCUACCUGUGCCUCUGUACCACUGCUUCGGCUCCGUGGGUGGUGGGUUGUGUAUGGCCCUGCACGGCAUGACCGUGGUCUUUCCCUCUGCUGGGUACGAUGGGAAGGCCAACCUAGCUGCUAUGGAGAGUGAAAGGUGCACCUUCAUCUACGGCACCCCCACCAUGUUCGUUGACAUGGUUAGCCAGAUGGGCUCUGCUAAAUAUGACUUGUCAUCAGUGGAGGCAGGCAUCAUGGCUGGUUCCCCUUGUCCUUCAGACCUCGUGAGCAAGGUCAUUUCUGUGAUGGGCAUUAAGGAAAUAACCAUUGGAUACGGCACCACGGAGAACAGCCCCGUGACGUUCUGCGCCUCGCCGAGGGACAACCUGGAGAGGAAGAGUGAGACCGUCGGCUUCAUCAUGGACCACUUAGAGGCUAAAGUGGUGAACCCUACAACAGGAGAGGUGGUGCCUCUGGGGAUGAUCGGGGAGAUUAUGAUUAGAGGAUACUGUGUGAUGUUGGAGUAUUGGGACGACACGGCCAAAACAGAAGACUGCAUCACUAAAGACAGAUGGUACAAAACUGGAGACAUCGGCAGCCUGGACGCGUACGGCUACUGCCGGAUUGAGGGCAGGAUUAAAGACAUGAUCAUCCGAGGAGGAGAGAACAUUUACCCGGCGGAGAUCGAACAGUUCCUGCACACACACCCCAAAGUCCAGGAGGCUCAGGUGGUUGGAGUCGAGGACGCCCGUAUGGGUGAAGAGGUCUGUGCCUGUAUCAAACUGGUAAACGGAGAGGACUGCACUCCCGAAGAAAUCAUAGAUUACUGUAAAGGACAGAUCUCUCACUUCAAGAUCCCUCGCUACGUACUAUUUGUGACCAGCUUCCCGCUCACCGUUACUGGAAAGAUCCAGAAAAUCCUCCUACGUGAGACGGCUGAGCAGCAGCUCGGACUGAAGAAGGAAAAAUAAAGACCUUGCGUAUAGUCAUAUUAUACACAUUUCUUACCGUCAAAAAAAGACCAAAAACCAACAAUGAAUUCAUCCUGCUAACAAGGAUUGUGUGCAUCCAAAGCCUGAUAUAUCUCCUUCCUCUGUGCCAUAGAGCUCCAUUGUUGUCAGUGGGGGACACGUUCCUUCAUUACAAUGAACACACACACUGUCGUUUAAGUGGACUCAAAUGCACUAUUUACUGUUGUUUUAGAAAUGUUUGUAAAAAACUAUAGUGCUCAAAUGUUUCAGGAAGUUACUGAGACUUUUUUAAAAAUGAAACUAUAUAUUUGUGACUUGUUUUUAAGAUUCAUAUCUUCACCAGGAACCAAUGGGUUUGCGGCGGAGGGUUGUUGGUUUUGGUCUUUCCUGGGAUUUGUUGAUAAUAAGAAAAAUAUAGAAUAAGACCAUCUCAUCCUUCAACAUCCUCCUGUUUAGUAAAAUAGGUGUAAUAGAAAUGAGAACAUACGGUUUACUGAAGAUCACCGCUGAACUUGUUGUAGAUGUUGAAUCGCUCAGUUCUCCACAGUUCUUCUUUUUUAUCCUGCAAAAAGACAUUAAAAUAUUUUUUACAUCAAGUUGAAAUAAACUUUGUGCCACAUUAUUAAAA